CGCGCAAAGAAUAAGCGAGACGUCCUCGGGGCGAUGACAGGAUGCCUCCUUCUCGAUCAGGACGCGUCUACGAAGGACCACCGUCUAGGAUCGCGACUAGGAUCGGACCCACCGUCGCCCUGUUGCUCAUUCUGCUCGAGAAUCGUCGCGCGACCUGCUUAAUGAGCAACUCCGUGGACGAUUGGGUGAGCGGGAAUGCCGUGGUCUGCAACGGUAUUCCUGGCCUGACAAAGGAGCAACGCGAGCUAUGCCACAGAAAUCCGGACGUGACGGUGGCCGCGAUCAAAGGUCUGCAGAUGGCUAUAUCCGAGUGCCAGCACCAGUUCAUGUGGCACAGGUGGAACUGUUCGUCCCUGACGCCGAGCAGUAGAACCCAGCAGAGCAGCGUCCUUCUUCAAAGAGGUUACAGGGAGACCGCGUUUGCGUUCGCGAUUUCGGCGGCCGGGGUGGCGCACAGCGUGGCACGGGCGUGCAGCAUGGGCGGGCUGCUCUCCUGCGGAUGCGACCCGUCGAGCUACAAGGGUAAGCCGCCUGCCAAGGCCAGGGGCACCCAGUGGAAGUGGGGCGGCUGCUCUCACAACCUCGACUACGGCAUGGAGUUCUCGAGACAGUUCCUAGACACGCGCGAGAGGGCCGAGGAUAUACAGUCGACGGUCAAUCUCCACAACAAUCAAGCUGGCCGCUUGGCGGUGGCGAGCAACAUGCGGCCGCACUGCAAGUGCCACGGUAUGUCCGGUUCCUGCGAGCUGAAGACCUGCUGGAAGGUGGUGCCGGACUUCCGGGUGGUCGGGAAGACGCUCAAGGAUCGCUUCCGGAACGCCGUGCUGGUCGCGCAGAGCAACCUGGGCAGCGUCACGCCGUUGACCAGAGUCAGGGGGUCGCGGAGGAGGAGGCCGGACCGGCAGAGGCAACGGAAACAUCGCGGCGGGGCCGGUGGGAACGGCGGCGGCCGCAAGAGGAGGCCACGGGACCUCGCUAAAGAGUUGUUCUACUACCAAAAAUCGCCGAACUUCUGCGAGAGGGACCCCACCGCGGACAUCCCUGGCACCUCGGGUCGCAAGUGCAACAAGACCAGCUCCGGCGGGGACGGGUGCGGCAGCUUGUGUUGCGAACGGGGGUACAACGUCGUCAGACAGCGCCGCGUCGAGCUGUGCGGAUGCCAGUUUAAGUGGUGCUGUGUCGUGAAAUGCCAGAACUGCACGGUGGAGGAGUGGAUCACCGUUUGCAAGUGAACCUUCCGGCUACUCCUCCGAUUCUUCUAUCGCGAUUCCUCGUCGCCGGCGAGCGACGAGAGUCGAGAGACUCGCCGCGGCCGCGGAAACGACGAGCCCGAGCCGGGGCGUGCUGUCCGGCAGACCGUGCGAGCGACAGGUUCGUGUGACAAUGGUCGAUACACGGAUUAAAUCGGAUCACCGCACGAGCGGUACUUCGGAUACAAUCUGAUUACCACUUCGGUUCGUUAUCCCGCCGUCGAGGAACACGACGUUUCAAUCGUCCAAGAGGAUGACGCGUGCCAUCGGGAGAAACGAGACGAGACGGAGCGUCGCGCGACCGAGAGACAUUCGCGAACAUCGCCGACGAUCCGCGUCCUCCGCGCACUCGAUGCAUCCGAUUCGGCGAGCGCUCCUCGAUCGGCGCCUCGAGCGGUGAUCGUGCGUCGUCCGGAUGGAACG